AUGGCGGCGGUCGGCGGCGAGAGCAUGAUGACGAGGGAGCAGCUGCUCCACCUUUUCGCCCGCUUCUCCUUCCUCACCUCCCUCCCCGAGGUCAAGCAGCGGAUUGCCGACGCUGUCAGGGACAAGCAGGAGGCUGUGGCCAUGACCACUGAAAUACAAGAGGAGAUUCUUCGUGAGAUGGGAGUAGAUCCAAGUUUUGGUAUUGGAUGCCUAGGAAAGGUCAACGUUGUUUAUGAAAAUGACAUGGACUUGAUGAUUAAAUUCUAUCAAUUUGUUGCCAAAGAAGAAAUGGCUAUUGAUGAAGCUGAGCUUGAACCCAGAGAAUUGGCUGAAAAACUACAUGCUCAACAAAUAAUACAAGAACAGUUGCACAAAGAAUUGGAAGAAGCUAAUUUUGACAUCAAUGCAUCGAUCUUGAGUCCAGAGCAAAUCCAAAAGAUUGUUCAAAAGUGA